AUGCAAGGACACAGUCACAAAUAUGUAGCCCUUGACCAAGGUCCAAAGGGGGAGAUUGACAAAUGUGGCUUUUCAGAACUGUAUUCAUGGCAGAGACAAAGAAAAACAAAGCAAGAAUUUUGUCUUCAUGAUGGACCACCAUAUGCCAAUGGAGACCCACACGUUGGUCAUGCUCUGAAUAAAAUUUUGAAAGAUAUCACAAACCGAUUUCAAAUGAUGAGAGGCUGUAUGGUGCACUAUGUGCCUGGCUGGGAUUGCCAUGGGUUGCCCAUUGAGUUGAGAGCACUCUCAGAUUGUGAAGACGUGGAAGAUCUUUCACCAAUUGAAAUCCGACAGAAAGCCAAAAAAUUUGCAGAAGAGGCCAUUGAAAAACAAAAAUCAUCCUUUAUUCGCUGGGGCGUUAUGGCAGACUGGGAUAACUGCUACUACACAUUUGACAAGAAGUAUGAAGCAAAGCAACUGAAAGUUUUUCAACAAAUGUAUGACAAGGGUUAUGUUUGUCGUGACUAUAAACCAGUUUUCUGGUCUCCUUCAACCAAUACAGCCUUGGCUGAAGCUGAACUUGAAUACAACCAACAACAUGUUAGUCGUUCUGUUUAUGUGAGAUUUCCUUUGUUGAAACCACCACCCAAACUGGCUGCAGUGAUAGAUGGACUACCGGCUGUGAGUUUGAUAAUUUGGACAACACAACCAUGGACUAUUCCAUCCAAUGAAGCUGUUUGUUAUAUACCAAAUUCAGAGUACUCCAUUGUGAAGUGUGGAAAUACUGGGGAACACUUUAUUCUACAUUCAGACAGAGUUCAGUCUACAGCAGCUGUUUUGGAUACACAGUUUGAUGUAAUUUCAACAUUUAAAGGUGUAGAUUUGGAAAGUGGUAUCUGUUCACAUCCCACCAUUCCUGGAAAGCAGUCCCCUCUUUUGCCUGCAAACCAUGUAACCAUGUCAAAAGGAACAGGAUUAGUUCAUACUGCACCAGCUCAUGGUAUGGACGAUUACAGUGUAGCUUCUCAACACCAGCUACCCAUGGACUGCCUGGUGGAUGAAGAGGGACGUUUCACAGAAGCUGCUGGUUCUGAGCUUCAUAAGAAGCCUGUUCUUGAAGAAGGAAAUGAAACCGUAAUUCAGAUGCUCAGGGGAGCAAAUAAGUUAUUAAAAGAAGAGAAGUACACACACAGCUAUCCCUAUGACUGGAGGACUAAAAAACCAGUAAUUGUUCGUGCCAGCAAGCAGUGGUUCAUUAAUACAGCAAGUCUCAAGGCUGCUGCUCAGGAAGCAUUAAAAAAAGUGAAAUGUGUUCCAGCCACAGGGAUGAACAGAAUGCUAGAUAUGCUAGACAGAAGAACAUAUUGGUGCAUAUCGCGACAGAGGCAUUGGGGUGUUCCAAUUCCUGUUUUUUAUCAUAAGACAACAGGAGAGGCUUUAAUAAAUAGAAAAAGCAUUGAGAAUGUUAUUAAAGUGGUGGAGCAGCACGGCAGUGAUGCCUGGUGGACUCUUCCCAUUGAACAGCUUCUUCCCAGUGAAGCAUUGGCAAAGGCUGAUAAUGAUAGUGUCCAGGAUUACGUAACAGGCCAGGACAUCUUGGAUAUCUGGUUCGACAGUGGAACAUCCUGGGCUCACGUUUUGGAAGAAACAGGUGAAGUGGCUGAUCUGUACUUGGAAGGGAAGGACCAGCUGGGAGGCUGGUUUCAGUCAUCUCUGUUGACAUGUUUGGCUGCAAGAAAAAAGGCACCAUAUAAGACACUUGUCUUUCAUGGAUUCACUCUUGGCGAAAAGGGAGAAAAGAUGUCUAAAUCAAUUGGCAAUGUGGUUGAUCCAGAUGUGGUCAUCAAUGGAGGCAAUGACCACAGCACAGAACCUCCAUACGGCGCUGAUAUUUUGCGCUGGUGGGUAGCGGAAUCGAAUGUCUACACAGACGUGCUGAUUGGGCCCGCUGUGCUGAACUCCGUGCGAGACGACAUCAACAAGCUUCGAAAUACACUCCGUUUUUUGUUGGGCAAUCUGACGGGCUUCAGUCCAGAAACAGAUGCAGUCCCCACAUCAGAGAUGUAUGUCAUUGACCAGUACAUGCUCCACCUGCUCCACGGCUAUGCAACCCAGGUAAGUGGUGGAAGAUGAGAUGGCUGUGACAAAAGGAAGUGAACCAUGAGUCUUUGAAAAGACUCUGUGAAUUCAUUGGAGGAGAGACUUGUAUUACUGUCUUAGGUUGUUCCAUUCCAAUUAUUCUUAAACUUAAAUAAAAGUGUGUAGCUCAUGAUUCCAGCAAACAUACAGAUGU